UUUGUCAGAGGAUAUGCAGCACCGGAGUAUGCAAUAAAUGGACAAUUAUCUGAGAAGGUUGAUAUCUACAGCUAUGGAGUUGUAGUUCUAGAAAUUCUUAGUGGUCAAAAAAGUGAAGAAUUGAAUGUUAAUGGUGAGGCCGAAGGUGAAUUCCUCCUUCAAAAGGCAUGGAAACUAUACGAAAGAGGCAUGCAUUUAGAGUUGGUGGACAACACUUUAGACUCUAACGACUAUGAUGCGGAACAAGUAAAGAAAAUAAUUGAGAUUGGAUUGCUUUGUACCCAAGCAUCAGCUACAAUACGGCCGACAAUGUCCGAAGUGGUUGCCUUGCUCCAAAACAAAUAUUUGUUUGAAAAUAUGAGACCAACUAUGCCUUUCUUGGUUGAAACUAAAUAAGGGCUCAUGGAACGAACUAUUACUUCUGCAUGGCUAGGGGGUGUUUGGCUGGAGAAGAAAAGUAAAUUUAUAGAAUAUAAAGUAAAUAUAUGAGA